UCUGUUGCUAGGCACGCGUUGCGUGCCCUGCGUGCGGUGCGCGUCGGCAGAAGCGGGAAGUGCGAGUUGCGGCGUCAUGGCGCGAGUGUGGCAGCAGCCGUUCCUCAACGUCUUCAGACACUUCAAGGUGGACGAGUGGAAGCGCUCCACUAAGGAGGGCGACGUGGCUGCCGUGACGGACAAGACCCUCAAGUGCACCGUGUACCGCGUGCGGGGCUCUGUCUCUGCGAGCAACUACAUCCAGCUCCCCAAAACCAGCACCCAGUCCCUGGGGCUGAACGGACGGUACCUGUACGUGCUCUUUCGGCCACUGCCUGCCAAGCAUUUCGUCAUUCACCUGGAUGUGUCCACUGAGGACAGCCAGGUCAUCCGAGUGUCCUUUUCCAACCUCUUCAAGGAGUUCAAGUCCACAGCUACGUGGCUUCAGUUCCCUUUCGUUUGUGAGGCUGGGACAACCAGGGAAGGUGUGGCCUUCCCUGGUGCCCGCUGGACCUGCCUGCAGCUUGACCUGCACGACAUCCUGCUGGUCUAUCUGCAUCGAUGCUACAGUCAUCUGAAGGGCGUCAGGCUGUGUGCCAGCAUGCUGGUCCGGAGCCUCUACACCAGUGACCUGAGCUUCGACCCUGCCAUCACUGUUGCUGAAGCCCGGCGUGCAAAACUGCCUGUCACCCCCAUACCUCGAGAAAUGGCUUUCCCAGUGCCAAAGGGGGAGAGCUGGCACGACCGCUACGUCCACAUCCGGUUUCCGAGCGGCAGCUCGCACGUGCCCUCCGAGCUGGUGCAGAAGAGCGGUUUCCCUCCUGAGGCAGCGGGGCACAUGCCGUGGCUGCUCCCUUCCCCAGCAGCCUGCAGCAAACCUGCGCGGGACCCCAGGGCCCUCGUGGUCCAGAAGCAUGACCCCACCACAGCCUCCCGCUGGGCCCCCGCCAUGCCCAGGCCCCUUCCGGAGGUCCGCGUGUCCUGUGAGCGCUCAGAGGUCUCCAGCGUGGCUGACCCUGGUGGCUGUAGCCAGGAGCCCUCGGCCUGGGUGGAGACUACUGAGGAGCAUGCAGCCAGUGACGGCCUUCAUGUGUUUGCCCAUCAGGCGAUGGACCCCACGGCCCCAGAAGAUGCAGCUCCACACGAGCCUCCUGGCAGGAAGCAGAACUUACCGGAGGCAGCUUUGGGCAAGAAGUGUUUUCAAGAAAGAAGCUUCCUUCCAGAUCCGAUCCUGAGGCUCAAGGGGGUCAUCGGCUUUGGGGGUCAUAGCACCAAAUGGGCCCUGUGGACCCCGGAUGGGGCUGCUGUCGUGUACCCUUGCCACGCGGUCAUCGUCGUCCUGCACAUCGAAACCCGCGAGCAGCGUCUCUUCCUUGGCCACACAGAGAAGGUCUCUGCUCUGGCGCUGGAUGGAAGCGGCUCGCUGCUGGCCUCGGCCCAGGCCUGGCCCCACAGCAUGCUGCGUCUCUGGGACUUCCAUACGGGGAGCUGCCUGGCCCUGUUCCGGAGCCCGGUCCACACCAUCUGCUCCCUCAGUUUCUCCAGCAGCGGGGAGCUGCUCUGUGGCGUUGGCAAGGACCGCCACGGGCGGACGACGGUGCUGGUGUGGGAUGUGGCCCAGCUGGGGAGAGGCGGAGAGGCCGUCAUCCUUGCGAAGGCACACAGUGACGCUGAUGUCCAGGCGUUCCAGGUGGCCUUCUUUGACGAAGCCAGGAUGGCGUCGUGCGGGCGGGGCAGUGUGCGGCUGUGGCGGCUCCGAGGUGGGGCGCUGCGCUCCUGCGCUGUGGACCUGGGGGAGCAUCACGCGCUGGAGUUCACCGACCUGGCCUUCGGGCCAGCCCAGGAUGGCCACACUCUCUACGUGUGCAGCCGCAGCGGCCACAUCCUGGAGAUCGACCACCAGCACAUGGCCGUGCGGCAUGCUCGCCGUCUCCUGCCCUUGCAGAACCCCCGUGACCCCCUUGCACAGAAGCAGACCUUCAGUUUGGGCCCCGGCAUUGCCAUCAGCAGCCUCAGUGUCUCCCGGUCCGUGUGCGCCGUGGGCUCCGAGGAUGGCUACCUGCGCCUCUGGCCGCUGGACUUCUCCUCCGUCCUCCUGGAGGCAGAGCACGAGGGCCCCGUCACCUCCGUCCACGUCAGCCCCGGCGGCCUGCGUGUGCUGUCCACCACUUCCUCGGGCCACCUGGGCUUCCUGGACGUCCCGUCGCAGGCGUACAGUGUGCUGGUGCGCUCCCACACCGCCCCGGUGCUGGCCCUUGCCACCGAGCGCAGCCGGGGACAGCUGGCCACCGUGUCCCAGGACCACACUGUGCGCGUCUGGGACCUGGUGACCCUGCAGCAGCUGUAUGACUUCGCGUUGCCCGAGGAGGCCCCGCGUGCUGUUGCCUUUCACCCCACGCAGCCAACCUUCUUCUGUGGCUUCAGCAGCGGGGCCGUCCGCUCCUUUAGCCUGGAGGCUGCUGAGGUCCUGGUGGAACACAGGUGUCACCGAGGAGCCAUCACCGGCCUGGCCACCAGCCCCGACGGUCGCUUCCUGUUCAGCACCUGCUCCCGGGGCACCCUGGCCCAGUACCACAGCGGCGCGCCCCGGUGCCGCGUCCUGCGAGUGGCAGCUAACGUGGUGUGCCAGGAGGCCUGCCCCAGCUCCAGCGUCCUGGUGGUCAGUGGGGACAGCCGUCUACUGGCCUUCGUGGGUCCCUCCAAGUACACGGUGAGCGUUGUGGACGCAGCCUCGCUGGAUGAGCUUCUGAGGGUUGACGUCAGUGCCCUGGACCUGGCUGGCAGCUGCUUGGACUCGCCUGUGGCCCUCUGCUUUGGCUCCUCACCCCCUGGCCACCUGCUGGUGUCCACGUCCUCAAACACGAUCGCCGUGCUGGACGCCAGGUCGGGCCGCGUGGUCCGGGAGCUGUCCUGUGGCCGCCCUGCGGCCUGCGCCUCCCUGGCCCUCAGCGCGGACGGGCGCUUUCUGCUCACAGCUGCCGAGCGGGCUGUCAGGCUGUGGGACUACGCGGUGCAGGCCAGCCCCAGCUGCCAGGUCUGCGCAACACCACCGCCCCAGGUGUACAUUGGUCACUCGGAGCCGGUGCGGGCUGUGGCCUUCACCCCCGACCAGCAGCAGCUCCUCAGCGUGGGAGACGCCAUCUUCCUCUGGGACAUUCUGGUUCCCCGUGAGGGGUGCCCCCCAGAAAGUGUCCAGGGUGCUCCCGGGGCCCCCCUGACCUGCGAAGCAGACCCGGAUGCAGAACAGCUGGAGGGCGUGGCAUCCGGGGCCAGAGGGCCCCUCCAGCAGGUGUCCGUGUCACCCCCAGCGCUCCCGCCCCGGCCGGGUCUCUGUGCUGGGCCCCCUGAGGGCUUUGAUGGCACCCUCUUCCCGUCAGACGAGAGCCAUGGCCCCGAGGAUCCCCGUCAGGCCUCAGGCCCGUCCGUGAUGGUCCAGAAGGAGGCUGGCCGGGCUGGCGAAGGGGCCUGCGGGGUGACAGGAAGCCCCCGGGACUUGGGCAGGCGCCCCCACCCCUGUGGCUGGCCCAGCGCCUGCAGCACAGGGGGAGCCAGGGCCUGGCCCCCCGCUCACCCGAACUCCUACCGGCACUUCACUGCACGCUACAAGGCCUCCUCGCCAGCCCAGGGCCUCUCCCUGCCCCCUGCCGGCGACGAGCAGCUGCGCCUGAAGGCCGUCGUGGGCUAUAACGGGAAUGGGCGUGCCAACCUCGUCUGGAGGCCGGACACCGGCUUCUUCGCCUACACAUGUGGCUGCCUGGUGGUGGUGGAGGACCUGCACUCGGGCGCCCAGCAGCACUGGCUCGGCCACCCUGAGGAGAUCUCCACGCUGGCCCUCAGCCAUGACGCCCAGGUCCUGGCCUCGGCCUCUGGCCGAAGCAGCGCUGCCUCCUGCUGCCAGAUCCGUCUCUGGGACGUGCCCCGGGGCUCCUGCCGGCAACUCCUCGGUCACCACGACACCGUGGUCCAGGCUCUGGCUUUCUCACCAGACGACAGGCUGCUGGUCACACUGGGGGGCUAUGGCGACGACACCCUGGCCCUGUGGAGCAUGGCCACCUGCGAGCUUGUGUCCUCCACGCACCUCCCAGAGCCGGUGCACGGUGUGGCCUUCAACCCCUGGGACGCCGGCAAGCUGACCUGCGUGGGCCGGGGUGUCCUCACCCUGCAGCUUCUGUGGGGGCGGGCGGGCGACGUCAGCCUCCAGGCCCACCGGGAGCCUGUCCCCAAGGAGGCGGGGGGCUGGGAGCUGAGCUCACUCUGCUACGGGGCCACACCCCUGCUCUACUGCGGCUCCAGUGAGGGCCAGGUGUGCGUGUGGGACACGCGUGCCGGCCGCUGCUUCCUUGCCUGGGAGGCAGAUGACGGCGAGAUCGGAGUGCUGCUGUGCUCAGGCACCUGGCUGGUCAGCGGCAGCAACACUAGGCGGCUGCGCCUGUGGGCCGUGGGGGCUGUGCCAGAGCUGCGGCGCCGGGGCUCAGGGGCCAGGUCCAGCUCCGUGUUCCUGGAGCGAGAACUGACCCUCGACGGAGCCAUCGUGAGCGCGGUCUUCCACGACAGCAUGGACAUGGGUGUGGUGGGCACCACGGCGGGCACGCUCUGGUACAUCAGCUGGGCCGAGGGCACUAGCACUCGCCUCAUCAGUGGCCACCGGAGCAAGGUGAACGAGGUGGCCUUCAGCCCCGACGAGUCCCACUGUGCCACGUGCAGUGAUGACGGGAGCGUGAGGGUGUGGUGCGUGGCUAGCACGGAGCUGUUGAUCCAGUUCCAGGUGCUCAACCAGAGCUGCCUCUGCCUGGCUUGGAGCCCCUUGUCGUGCAGACGCCCAGAAGAGCAGUACGUGGCAGCAGGCUACAGCGAUGGGGCACUGCGGAUCUUCAGCAUCCCACGCACGGCUGUGGAGCUCAAGAUGUACCCGCACGCGGCCGCGCUCACAGCCCUCGCCUUCUCUGCUGAUGGUCAGACCAUCGUCUCUGGAGACAAGGACGGGCUUGUGGCCGUGAGCCACCCCUGCACGGGGAUGACCUUCCGGGUGCUGAGUGACCAUCGUGGCGCCCCCAUUUGCACCCUCCAGAGCACAAGGAAGGAGUGUGGAGACUUCGGGGCAGAGGGCACGGACCUGUGGCUGGCCGCCAGCGGGGACCAGCGAGUCAGCGUCUGGGCCUCUGACUGGCUGCGCGACCACUGUGAGCUUGUGGAUUGGCUGAGCUUCCCAGCGCCCGGCCUCACAGGGGUAAGCGUCCUGGCGGCCCCAUGGGCGCGGUGCCCCGGUCGCCCACCCUGCACUGUGCCCCCACAGGCCCCCGGCUGCUUGCCACCCUCGCUCGCUGCCUUCUGUCCCUGGGACCCGGCGCUGCUGGUGUGCGCAGGCCUUGGCGUGCACCCCGAGGUGGUCUUCUACAGCCUCCGCCAGAAGCAGGUGGUGGAGAAGAUCCCACUGCCUUUCUUUGCUGUGUCCAUGAGUCUGUCCCCUGGGGCCCACCUUGUGGCCAUUGGCUUCUCUGAGCGCAUGGUGCGGCUGCUGGACUGCUCAUCGGGGGCCGUGCAGGACUUCGCGGGCCAUGACGACUCCGUGCAGCUGUGCAGGUUUGCCCCGUCAGCCCAACUGCUCUUCACGGCGGCCUACAGCGAGAUCUUGGUGUGGGAAGUGACAGGCCGCUGAGCCCUACCGCUCAGCUGGGCCCUUGGCCUGGGCAGAGGCUUCACUGAGAAGCUGGGUCGGCCCUGGGCCUUGUGCUGGUUCCGUCGGCCCGGUGGGCGCUCCGCUCUCUGCACUGGCGCCUCAGGAGCGUGUGUGAAGCAUCAGGAACCUGAACAUGUGUGAAGUACUCGGAGCCCCUCUCCCUUGGGGUUUUGUUUCUGCCUUGUACAGAAUAAUAAAUGUGCGUGUAGCGGUGAA